CCUCAUUUAUAUACUCCGGGUCCCUCGUCCGCCAACAUUCCACGAAGUGAGCUCGAGUUGAGGCGUUGUACAGCACAAACAAGGCUGUGCAAUAGCGAUAUUAAUUUAUUUAUUAUUAGGACUAUUUAAUUAAAACUAAAUCACAAUGUGCGACGAAGAAGUAGCCGCGCUGGUAGUGGACAACGGGUCCGGCAUGUGCAAGGCCGGCUUCGCGGGCGACGACGCGCCGCGUGCCGUGUUCCCGUCCAUCGUGGGCCGGCCGCGCCACCAGGGCGUGAUGGUGGGCAUGGGCCAGAAGGACUCUUACGUGGGUGACGAGGCACAGAGCAAGCGAGGUAUCCUCACGCUCAAGUACCCCAUCGAGCACGGCAUCGUCACCAACUGGGACGACAUGGAGAAGAUCUGGCACCACACCUUCUACAACGAGCUGCGCGUGGCGCCCGAGGAGCACCCCGUGCUGCUCACCGAGGCACCGCUCAACCCCAAGGCCAACCGCGAGAAGAUGACGCAGAUCAUGUUCGAGACGUUCAACACGCCCGCCAUGUACGUGGCCAUCCAGGCCGUGCUGUCGCUGUACGCGUCCGGGCGCACCACCGGUAUCGUGCUGGACUCCGGCGACGGCGUCUCGCACACCGUGCCCAUCUACGAGGGCUACGCGCUGCCGCACGCCAUCCUACGUCUGGAUCUGGCGGGCCGUGACCUCACGGACUACCUCAUGAAGAUCCUUACGGAGCGCGGUUACUCGUUCACGACCACGGCCGAGCGUGAGAUCGUACGUGACAUCAAGGAGAAGCUGUGCUAUGUGGCGCUGGACUUCGAGCAGGAGAUGGCCACGGCCGCCUCCAGCAGCUCGCUCGAGAAGUCGUACGAACUACCCGAUGGCCAGGUCAUCACCAUCGGCAACGAGCGCUUCCGCUGCCCCGAGGCGUUGUUCCAACCCUCGUUUCUGGGUAUGGAAGCCUGUGGCAUCCACGAGACCACCUACAACAGCAUCAUGAAGUGCGAUGUUGACAUCCGUAAGGACUUGUACGCCAACACAGUAUUGUCCGGAGGUACUACGAUGUACCCUGGAAUCGCCGACCGUAUGCAGAAAGAAAUCACAGCCUUAGCUCCCUCAACAAUGAAAAUUAAAAUUAUCGCUCCCCCGGAGAGGAAGUACUCCGUAUGGAUCGGAGGCUCCAUCCUCGCGUCCCUAUCGACCUUCCAACAGAUGUGGAUCUCGAAACAGGAAUACGACGAGUCCGGCCCCUCGAUCGUGCACAGGAAGUGCUUCUAAGCGCACGCUGCCCUCGCCGCCACGGAAGCGGGCCGCGGCCCGGCCGCCCCGCGGUCGGCUGCUCAACUCAGGCUUGUAAUCUCCGUUAAUUUAAUUGUACGUAAGAUAUUAUAUGUAAUUAAAUCGUAAUAGUGACGGCAGGACGGAGCGCGGCGCCGCGGGCGCGCCUCGACCGCCGGCCUCGGUACUGCACUCGCCAAAGGAUCUUUUUGUAAUCUCAUGAAUGAUGAUUGUAUGUGCUGAAACGGAUAAGACUACUUUCUUACUAGGUCAUUUAUAAAUUAUAAAAUAUAAUAAAAAAUAAGAAAAAAAAUCUGAAAAAUUAA